AUGACAAGCUCGUGGAAACUGUCCGUCGGAGCUAAGUUCUGCAAGACCCACCGCAGAAGAACACAAAAACUCUCCCAUCACACUCUUAAUCUCAUGGCUGUUAGACAGGAAAUGAGGCUGCAAUCGUCAACAGAUUUGACAGCAUACAGGCAACUGAACAGACAGAUCUCCAAAUGCAUGCGGCGAGACUUAGGCAACUUUAAUACUGCUCGUAUUAAAGAAACGAUCGAGCGCAACCAGGGCUCCAAAGUCUUUGCCAGAGAUCUGUCUGCCAGAAAGAGCCAACUGUCAAAGCUGAAGACGGAGUGUGGCAGCAUCGUUUCCGGGACACCUGAGAUUUUGAGUGAGAUUGAGAGGUUCUAUGGGCAGCUGUACACAUCAUCUUUGGAGCCACACGCAAGUGUGAGUAACGAUACAAGAGCAAGUCUUACCCGACACUAUUCCGAUGAUAUCCCGGACGUCAGUCUGAGCGAUAUUAGAAUGGCUCUCCAGCACCUUAAAAACGGCAGAGCCCCAGGCGAGGAUGGAAUUACAGCGGAGCUUCUGAAAGCGGGUGGAACACCGGUACUUGAAGUCCUUCAGAAGCUCUUCAAUUCCGUCCUCCAUGGUGGCACUACUCCGGAGGCGUGGAGCAGAAGUGCGGUGGUCAUGUUCUUUAAGAAAGGCGACAAUGCUCUCUUGAAGAACUACAGACCAAUUUCCCUUCUGAGCCGCGUCUACGUGCUGUUUUUGAGAAUUGUACAGAAGACCGAAGAGUACAAUCUGCCACUUUGCCUCGCGUAUGUGGACUAUGAGAAAGCAUUUGAUUCCGUCGAAAUUUGGGCGGUGCUACAGUCCCUUCAGUGGUGCCAAGUUGACUGUCGGUAUAUCGAGGUGCUGAAGUGUUUGUACAGUAGGGCUACGAUGGCUAUCCGAGUACAGAACCAGAGUUCGAAACCUAUCCAACUGCAGAGAGGUGUAAGACAGGGUGACGUUAUAUCCCCGAAACUCUUCACCGCUGCAUUGGAAGACGUUUUCAAGCUACUGGACUGGAAAGAAUACGGUAUUAACAUCAAUGGCGAGUACAUCACUCACCGUCGAUUUGCCGACGAUAUAGUCCCUAUGGCAGAAUCGCUGGAGGACUUAAGCACUAUGCUCAAUGACCUCAAUAUUGCCUCCCAACGGAUAGGUCUUAAGAUGAACAUGGACAAAACAAAGAUUAUGUUUAAUGUUCAUGUCACACCUAUGCCGGUAGUUGUUGGGAGCACUAUGCUCGAAGUUGUUGACGAGUACGUUUACCUGGGACAAAUAGUGCGACUAGGUAAGUCCAACUUCGACCGAGAGGUCAACCGACGGAUUCAACUCGGCUGGGCAGCGUUCGGGAAAUUACGACAUAUCUUCUCGUCAGGUAUACCUCAAUCUCUAAAAACUACAUUGUACAACCAGUGCGUGUUGCCAGUGAUGACUUACGGAUCUGAGACGUGGUCCAUCACUGCUGGCCGUAUGAGGACGCUCAAGGUCGCUCAGCCAGCUAUUGAGAGGGCUAUGCUCGGAGUUUCUCUGCUUGAUAAACUCAGAAAUGAGUAUAUCCGCAGUAAAACCAGAGUGACCGACAUAGCCCAACGGAUCAGUAAGCUGAAGUGGCAAUGGGCCGGCCAUAUAGCUCGAAGAACCGAUAACCGAUGGGGAAGAAAGGUUCUCGAGUGGCAGCCUCGUACCGGUAGGCAUAGUGUAGGGAAACCCCCAACUAGAUGGAGUGACGACCUGGUAAGAUAUGAAGGAAGUGGAUGGAUGCAGGUGGCUCAGAACCGUGCUUUGUGGCAUUACUUGGGGGGAGGCCUAUGUUCAGCAGUGGACUUGUGA